GAAGGAUCGAUGGAGAGUGAGAGAGGGAGAUCCUGGAGCAUGUAGCUACAGCUGCUACACAUCCUUGAGAAGGGGGGUUUCAACCCAUGAAACAAUCCCAUAGAUAAACAUUCAGUAGACGUGUUUACACUCCUUCCUAUUGCAAGUACAUGGAACUAAGAAGACACCGCUAGCCAUUCUAGCACCAACAAAGCCAAUUCUACAAUGUAUUUAUAUGAUCAAUAAUGCUCAGAGGAGCCUUUUACUGCUUUGCCACCAUAGAUGUAGAUGACCCCGAUAUUACAUGGAUAUCCUGUAGAUGCUUGUAUUUGCAUGGGGGGGUUCUAGCAGCAGUAUUUCUAUGUGGUCCAGUUCCAAGGGGUGGGGCCAAUGCCAACUGGUCCUCCUGAGAUCCACAUGCAUCCAUCACCGGUCAGUUGAACAGCAGCGCCCCAAAACUAAGGUAACAAUGUGCAUCUCAGCGGCGGUCCCUCUUUGGGUGGGUGUGGCCUUCUCCCUGAUCCUGCCCACUCUGGGUUUCUCCCGUGGUGCAAGCCCCGCCUCCUGCCUGGAAAUGAGUCCCGGUCACGUCCGCACUCACCCACAGAAUCCUCAUCGCAGCCACGUCACACUGUAUACAUCCGCCUCCUCGUACCUGCCCGGAGACCUGGUGACAGUGACGGUACGAAGCACCCGAGACUUCAUGGGGUUCCUCCUCCAGGCUCGGUCGCUAGGCGUGGCCGGGGGUCGCGGCAGGGGUGCUGGCGGCCGAGUGGCCGGGGCGUGGACACUGACCCCCCCCGGGACACACACGCUGGAUUGCUUCGGCAACCACGACUCCCUCACACACUCCGACAAACAGCUGAAGAGGAACCUGUCGUUCGUCUGGAGGGCUCCGGACACAACCGUCGGAGACAUACGCUUCUAUAUCACAGUGGUGCAGUCCUAUUUUGUGUACUGGGCCCGUGUCGAGUCAGCAGUGUUGCAUGAUGGUAGUCGUAGUCUCCCAGGCUGGGGGAAUGCCUCUGAAGUGGUAGGAGGGAGUGGCAGUUCUAAGCUACAGAAAAAAGAAACCAUACUGACCAGUCCUGCAGCCCCCGGUCUGCAUCCCAGGCUGUUACUGGGGGGAGAGUUUCUACCUCCAGACCCCACCCAAGCUGUAAUGAACCACUAUCCUAAACCUCCAGACCCCACCCAAGCUGUAAUGAACCACUAUCCUAAACCUCCAGACCCCACCCAAGCUGUAAUUAACCACUAUCCUAAACCUCCAGACCCCACCCAAGCUGUAAUGAACCACUAUCCUAAACCUCCAGACCCCACCCAAGAUGUAAUGAACCACUAUCCUAAACCUCCAGACCCCACCCAAGCUGUAAUGAACCACUAUCCUAAACCUCCAGACCCCACCCAAGCUGUAAUGAACCACUAUCCUAAACCUCCAGACCCCACCCAAGCUGUAAUGAACCACUAUCCUAAACCUCCAGACCCCACCCUAGUUACCAAUAACCUGGCUAUGGAACCUCCAGACCCCACCCUAGUUACCAAUAACCUGGCUAUGGAACCUCCAGACCCCACCCUAGUUACCAAUAACCUGGCUAUGGAACCUCCAGACCCCACCCUAGUUACCAAUAACCUGGCUAUGGAACCUCCAGACCCCACCCUAGUUACCAAUAACCUGGCUAUGGAACCUCCAGACCCCACCCUAGUUACCAAUAACCUGGCUAUGGAACCUCCAGACCCCACCCUAGCUCUCAAUCCCACCACCUCCACCCACACCUCCUCUCACACCAAGCCCCAUUCCCAUAUAAUUAACAUAGGUAUUUUGCCUGUAGACUCCAGAGAUGUAACCAAAACCAAACACCCAAACUCCUUCCCUGACCCCAUGAACCCCCCUACCCUCACUGACCCCAUGAACCCCCCUACCCUCCCUGACCCCAUGAACCCCCCUACCCUCCCUGACCCCAUGAACACCCCUACCCUCCCUGACCCCAUGAACCCCCCUACCCUCCCUGACCCCAUGAACCCCCCUACCCUCCCUGACCCCAUGAACCCCCCUACCCUCCCUGACCCCAUGAACCCCCCUACCCUCCCUGACCCCAUGAACACCCCUACCCUCACUGACCCGAUGAAAACCCCUACCCUCACUGACCCGAUGAAAACCCCCACUUUCACUGUAUCCUCCAUCCUAUCGCACAUGCACUCCUUGACCUCAACUCUUGGCUCAGUCUCUACCCCAUCCAAAAACCCCUACCUCCAUCCUAAAACCUCCAACUCAACCCACACUAAACCAUCUAACUACCCCCACACUGAACCAUCCAACUCCCCCCACACUAAAGCAUUUAACUCCCCCCACACUAAACAAUCCAACUCAACCCACACUAAACCAUCUAACUCCCCCCACACUAAACCAUCCAACUCCCCCUACAUUAUAACCUCCAACUCCCUCCACACUGAACCAUCCAACUCCCUGCACACUAAGCCAUCUAACCCAACCCACCCUAAACCAUCCAACCCAACCGACACUAAACCAUCCAACUCAACCCACACUGAACCAUCCAACUCCCCCCACAAUAAACCAUCUAACUCCCCACACACUAAACCAUCCAACCCAACCCACCCUAAACCAUCCAACUCUCCCUGCACUAAACCAUUCAACUCAACCCACACUAAACCAUCCAACUCAACCCACACUAAACCAUCCAACUCCCUCCACACUGAACCAUCCAACUCUCCCCGCACUAAACCAUCCAACUCUCCCCACACUAAACCAUCCAACUCAACCUACCUCAAACUCUCUCCCCACGCUAAGCCCCCCAAUUACCCUCACCCUGAACCCUCCCCUGUCCCCCGUCGCUCUCACUCCGACCCCCUUACUCCUCAUUCACCUUCAGGUUCCCCCCCACCCAUGUUCAAUCCAGUCCCCCAGAACCACUCCCUGGGUCCUCAACCUAACCUCAAAACCAAGAGGCAACCUCGAACCCCAGAGAGAGAGGCGAAGAUCCCGAACACAGUCCCCACCCAGAGUGCCUGGGAGCUGGGCGUUCUGCUGGUCUGUGCCGCCUGCCUGGGGACGGUCCUAGCAGGAGGCUUCAGAUUCGUCUGUGGUCAGUACUGUAAGAAACACACCGGUGUGACCCUGAACGACCGCGAACGUGAUUAUGACCGUGACCGCGACCAUGGCGAAGGGAUGAUCCACGUCCAGGAGUGCGGGGAUCUGGUCAGGGUGCGGAGGAUCAGGGAGAACAGCUUCCUCCUGCUGGCAGAGUACAACCUCCUCCCACCUCCUGGCAACUAAGUCGGUGUCUGAUGGUACCUGUUCACUCAAA